AUGGCCGCUACCCGGGUGAGGAGUGGGUCCACUGCGUCAACUUCAUCCUCCAUCUCUGUUGACUCCCCCGGUCCAUCUUCUUCUUCCGCUUCCUCAUCAUCGCUCAACCUGCCUGAUUCCGAACAAUCAUCCCGCCCCCUCCACUACCCUUUGGCAAGCCCGUCAGAUGAAACUGUUCGCAUCUCCCCUUCUCCGGAAUUCGUUCUUGCAUUACAUGACUUUCACCCUCAGCACCAGAAUGCAACUUGUCUGUCGUUUCGAGCUGGCCAGGUUAUUCACGUCCUAAAUCGGGAUUCGAGUGGAUGGUGGGAUGGUGAGAUUAACGGUCAAAGAGGAUGGUUCCCCUCCAAUUACGUCAGUGCUGAUGAAAGAGUAAUCUCACUGGCAGAGGAAGUUCUUCCUCAAUCACCUGGACCUCGCCACGGACACACUAUGUCCGCCGUAUCGGCAGCUUCUUGGGCCAGCGCUCCCUCACGUGGUUCACGAAAGGACCACAGACCGUUGGUCACUGAAGCUCUCGGAUCGGACAUAACAUCAUACUGUCCUCCUCUCAUGGUCAAUCUUCUGCACAGUUUAUCCCUCCUCCAGAGUGCAGUUCGUUCCAACCGUAUCGCCCAUUUUCAGCCUUCCACCGCCUGUAUCAUAUCCUGUGUGCGGUUCAUCCUGUCUUCCACAGAGUGUUUGCCUAGGGAGGCACCGUUAUUAAAGCGCUUUCCUACCCUCGCGCAGGAGCGGAAACAGAUUCUGUCCGUCCUGGCAUCCCUAGUGUCGCAAGCUAAAAAGGCAUCAGAUGAGACGCAGGAUGAAGAUUUACGGGAGGCAGAAAUUGAAGGAAUGUUGAAAUUAGGUGGCCAGGUCUUUUCACAAGUUCGGCGUUUUCUUGCUGUCGCUGUACAAUGUGGCAUCGACUUGCCGGAAAAGCGUCAGCCCGUAAUUUCGGACGAAGCUAUCGUUAACGGUUCUGGCUUACAGGGACAAGCGAGCCCUGCAGGACCUGGAGACAGAGUCCCAGUAUCACCCGAUCCUGUCACCCCUUCUCAUUUGUCGUCUCGUCUAGCAACUCCCCGACAACCACAUUCGCAUGAUGGCGUCCUGCAAAAGACGGCCCCGCGGACCAAAAGUUUGGGAGAUCUGAGGUUGCAACGGAGAUUAGCUGCAUAUCAAGAUUCGGACUCUUCCGUUUCUCCCCUCCUGCCUCACAGAACGAUACUGUCCCGGUCGAAGAAGGAUCAAUAUCUCGUCUUUGAGCGCGUCGCUGGCAAGCAUAAAGCCGACAUGCCAUCCAUCAGCAGCAUUUCGUCAUUUUCGUCGAUUUCGUCUACGGAGUCGCCGAAACCACCGGCAAUUCCCCCUUUUCCAUCAGGACCCUCGACAUCUUCGGAGGUGAUGGAGGCCCUGAAGUUUACCCAUUACCAGUAUCUUUCCACUAUUGCCGCCUUCAUCGGUCAUGCACACUCUCAUUCACGAUCAUCACACGCUUCUAGCACAGGCCAGAUGUAUGAUCUCGUGCGAGAAGUGGUGGAGAUGGUGUGCAAGUUACUCACUAUCGUCGAAGCUGUCAUGCGGCAUACCGAGAUCCCACCUCACAAGAUUGGGAACUUGAAGUCCGCAAAAAAGAAACUCUUCACUGUCACUAGCUCCCUUGCCGAAUCCGUGCGAUUACUUACGGUGCCCCUUCCUCCCGACCUCUCAGAGGAAUCUGAAAAGGCAUCCUUGAUACGAUCCGCUACAGCAGCAUGCAAAGCGGCUGCUGAUUGCGUUUCGGCUGUCAAAAUCUGCUUAAAUAGGGCUUCAGGAGAGAGGCAAUUUAUCAUCCAAAUACCUACGACCUCUGAUUCAGACCCUGCACCGUUCACUCCAAGCAAAUUUUCUAGUAGGACUGGUCAAACCCCGACCCUCAGCUUGCACACGCAUCAAAGCUUGUAUCACAAUGACAUCGUCGAUGAUGAUCUCACUGUACAGGUUUUGACACCAGCUUCUGCCACCCCCAAUGCUACUAGCAUCCGAGACAGAUCUUCAGACACGUUCAAUGUCACGGCAACUCCUGAUCCAUCUGACAGUUCGCAUGACACUCAACCGACAACGCCAGAAGGCGGCCUGUUAUCUAUGAGCGAUCCCGACUUGAUGAAGCCAAUGGAACCUGUAUCAUCGCCUUCACUGGCAGUUGAUGAUGAACGCGCGGAUGAACAACAGGAACGCCAGACUAUGGACACAUUUGAGGAGCGGUUGAUAAACGGCGAACCUGUUACACUACAAGUCAAGCGUGAUCCUCCUGGUCAUGACUCCUCUACAAACGAUGUCGUCUACAACAAUGAGGGGCACCUGGUGGCAGCGACAAUGGAGGUGCUGUUUGAAAGAAUGACACCCCAUGACAGUAUCGUAGAUCCUGCAUUCUCGGCGGUCUUCUUCCUCACAUUCCGCCUUUUCUCCACACCGCUUGCGCUGGUGGAAGCACUCAUCAACCGCUAUAAUAUCAUGCCUCCAUCCAAUCUAUCAGAAGACGAAAUGUCGAUUUGGCAGAAGCACAAGGGUAUCCCAAUCCGCUUGCGCGUAUCCAAUUUUGUGAAGACGUGGUUGGAGAUGUACUGGCGGCCUGAGGUUGACGACAUCGCUCUCUCGCACCUUUCAUCGUUCACAAAAGAUGCGCUUCUACAUUACUUCCCUGCGCCCUCCCAGAGGAUUCUCGAUUUAAUUUCCAUGCGGCAAGACUCCAACACCAGUCUUGUGAGCCCCAAGAGUGAACGUGUUCGUGAUCCUGGCAUGUCGAUCAAUCCUCCGUCAUAUACACUAUCCGAGGUUCCACGACCAACAAUGACGAAAGCAUUACUGGCCACGCUCCGUGGAAAGAAUUUCGACACUGUCGCCAUCACUGAUUUUGAUGCUCUAGAGUUGGCAAGGCAACUGACAAUCAUGGAAUGCGACCUGUACUGCGCAAUCCAGCCCGAGGAAGUUCUUGAGACGGGUCAGGAGGGUACAAAACCGCCCGUCAACGUCAGAGCUGUUUCCUCCCUAAGCACAAUCAUCACAGGAUGGGUGGCUGAGAACAUAUUGAACGAGCAUGAUAUCAAGAAGCGGACGUUACUCGUGAAAUUCUUCAUCAAGGUUGCCGAUCGAUGUACUUCAUUGCAUAACUUCAGUACUCCUCGGUCCAUCCUAGCAGCCCUCGACUCUUCCACGAUAUCUCGGCUUCAUCAGACUUGGCUAGGUGUUCCACAUAAAAGUAAAAUGCAGUUGGAGUCUUUGCGUCGGUUAGCAGAUCACGGGCGGAACUAUCAUCAAUACCGAAGCAGGCUUCGCAACAUCGCACCUCCAGCAGUUCCAUUCUUAGGUCUUUACUUGACCGAUGUGACUUUCUGUCGCGAGGGAAACCCGUCAUACCGCGAGUCCCCUAGUGCACCAGGGAAGAAACUCCUUAAUUUUAACAAGUACCACAAACUAGCUCGGAUUGUUCAAGACAUGCAACGAUUUCAAGUGCCAUAUAAUCUUAAGAAGAUUCCUGAAGUGCAGGAAUACCUGCAGAUGGCAUUUGAGAAAGCUAAGCACCACGGCGACCUUCAGGAUCUCUAUAGGCGAAGCUUGCUUGUUGAGCCGAAGCAACCUGCCGACACACCUCCCCCUAGUGAUAUGCGGCAAUUAUUCAACUGGGCAACACGUUCGCAGGCAUAG